AUGAAUCUUCUGAACAUCAUCCACAGCUUCAAGAUGAUGUCAUUUCCAUACCGCAGUCUGCUUCCUCUUCUGCUGUUGAUGCCGUGUGUUUGGGGAAAGUGCAUCUUUGAUGAGGUGCAAAGUUCAGUCCGGGUUCUGUCUCCUCCAGACAAUCGACCGCACUCUUCUGAUUGGUCCUUUAGAGAUGAUGAUGUAAAGCGUGAGGUGUCUGUCCGUGAAAAAGCAGACUGGCUGAUACAUGAUCAGAUCCAGAACCAUCAAAAUGAAAUAUCACAAUAUUCUCCAUCCCAAAGAUCUAAAAGGGCAGUCAUGGACAGGAUUAAAGUCAUUGAUAAACCACAGCCAAUUAGGAUUAAGACAUGGACUCCUCCAGAAAGCCCCGUCCUCUCGCAGGGGGAAACAGAGAGGCUGGAUGCAGCUGUCAGUGAUGCAAUCAGCGCUGUGGCCAAAUUAAUCGCAGUACAGAGAGUCAGCAGGAAGCUGCUGCUGAACAGAGAUAUCAACAAAUUCUGCCGCUUUAUCUGGAGAAACCGCAGCUCUACUAACUUCAACAAGUGUGGCAGAGCGAGUGAUAACUAUCAGACUGAGAGCUGUCUGGGUGUGACUAUCCCAGAUGACCACCUGAGUGGCUGUGUUGUUUACCCUCAUCCUGACGAGCCAGACCUGAAGGUGAUAAAAGCAGAUGGGGCGGGACUUCCAGACACAGAUGUCCUACUUUAUGUGAAAGCUCAAAACUCUGAUAAAUGCAGAGCUGAUUCUAGCCUGCUGGCCUAUUCAGCUCAUUGUCAGAGCGACUCAGUGGGGAGACCGGUAGCUGGUGUUUUGGUCAUCUGCAGGGAGCCACUCAGCAUGGAGCGAUUCAGUCAUGAACACAUGGUGCAGACCGUGAUCCAUGAGUUGUUUCAUGUGCUGGGUUUCAGUAAAGAACUCUUCAGCAAGUGGAAAGACCGCUCCCUCUCUUCCCAGAUGGGCAUGGACUCCUCUCAUGGUCAGGUGAUUUACACUGAUGAGUCUGGACAGAUGAGGCUCUACACUCCUAAUGUGUAUAAAGCUCUACAAACACACCUCAACAGCACACACACUGAACUGGGAGCUCCAUUGGAAAAUCAGGAUGCUGAUUCUCGUGGUUUUUCCUCACACUGGGAGGCUCGGGUUCUACAGGGCUCCAUUAUGACAGCCAUGUUAGCAGAACCGACUUUGGUCCGGAUCGAUGUGAUCACUCUUUCUGCUUUCCAGGACACGGGCUGGUACUCGGUCAAUCUUAGCCAAGCCCAGAACUUGCUUUGGGGAGAGAAUGAAGGAACUUUCUUUGGGUCUGUUUCCACCUGUAAGCGUUUCUCAUCCUUCUUCUGUACUGGCAGUGGAUUUGGUUGUCAUUAUCUUCACCUCCACAAGGGGGUGUGCCAAAGUGAUGAUUAUCUGGAGGGCUGUAGAAUUUAUAAGCCUUUAGCCAACGGUAGUGAAUGCUGGAAAGAAGAGAACGAGACAGAAAGUGGACCAGAGGUGUGGACCGGAGAGAUUUUUCACUCAGACAGCCGAUGUUUUCUCUCAAACAUUAUCAGAGAGGAUCAUUUCUCCUUCAACGCCUCUGUAUCAGGCCGUUGUUACAGGCACAGGUGCACUGAAAGGAACAGGUACCAGAUUCAGGUGAUGGGUUCUGACUGGCUGGACUGUCCACCUGGGAAGAGCAUCCAGGUGUUUGGCUAUCGGGGUAAAGUUUUCUGCCCUGACAAACGAUUAUGUCAUUACUAUGAUAUAGUUCCUCCCACUUUACUACACAAGCCCUUGCCCUCACUUCUGCUCCUCACUGCAGCCCCAUCCAGGGAUCAGUCUCUCACUGGCCUGAGGUUUGACACCGCUUUUCCCUUUUCAGAGAUUAGAGUAAAGACAGUGGUGGGUGUCAGUGCUGUGCUCUUUUUCAUGGGCUUGCUCAAGACAGUCUAUAGGAAAUAUGGCCCAUCCAGGCUCAGAGUGCACGCCCUCGUACAUUCACCACUGCAGGUGUAGCUCAAUGCUUCUCAGAGAUCUGCUCCUUACACAGCUGUAAAUUUUCUAUUUUAUUCUGAAAAUAUCCAAGAUAUUUAAUCCAAGAUUUAGUUAAGACAUUUUUGGACAAUCUCUUUAUACAUUGCCUUUUAUUGAUAUGAUUUAAAUACAUUCAAGCUGUAACGCAAACAAAUUAACAGAAAAAAAAGUUGACAUGAGCAGGACGGUACACAUCAUUUCCAAACUUUGCACAGAUGCAAAAGAUCUGUUUACUGACUGCAAAUGUAUAUUAAAAUGGGAUUUAAACAUUCAGUAAAUGUUUUCUUCUUCCAAAUUAACAGAACUAACUACAACUACAACUACUGAAAAAAUCACAAAAAUAGUAAUUUAAUAAAGAAAGGAAAUAAAGAAAAGAAGUAAGUAAAUGGAAGAAAGGAAGUAAAUCAACAAUUUUUCUCACAACAUAACUUAUGGUUAAGUGUUUCUUUCUUUUAAAUCUAAUAUCCAAUAUUAUAAUGUGAUAUUUCUACAAUAUACACAGUAGAACCAGUAAUAAACACAGAAACAAAACAAUUCAGAACUGUGGAUCUUUGGGGUUUUUACAGUAAAGCAUUUCCAAGUAACAUUCACUUUUGUAAUAUGUAAAGUAUAACACGACAGAUUGUGCUGUUAUAUGAAGAAAACAACAACAACAACAACAGCAACAACAACAACAACAUAUUAAUAGUAACUUAUCAUUCUGGUUACACUGGGAACAACCAGUGCUGAUAUAUGAG